AUGACGGGCGGUGGCGUGGACAAGACCGAGUUUGAGGCCCUCGAGGUCGCCCGCGCCGGCGGCCACGAGGUCAAUGCCCUCAUCGACGACAUGGAGCGCCAGCUCGAGGCCAGCGGCGGCCUGGAUCGCGGCUUCUUCAAUGUCGAGUUCCGCGACCCGCGGCACUUUACGUGGCUGCUCGUCGCCUUCGCCAGCAUGGGCGGCCUGCUGUCCGGCCUGGACCAGAGCCUCAUCUCCGGCGCCAACCUCUACCUGCCCAAGGACCUGGGGCUCGACGACCGCCAGAACAGCCUUGUCAACGCCGGCAUGCCGCUGGGCGCUGUCGGCGGUGCGCUGCUGCUGUCUCCCACAAACGAGUACUUUGGCAGGAAGUGGGCUAUUAUGAUUUCCAUUAUGCUGUAUACCGUGGGCGCUGCGCUCGAGGCAGGCUCCAUCAACUUUGGCAUGAUUGUCGCAUCCCGCGUCAUCCUCGGUCUCGGCGUCGGUCUCGAGGGCGGUACCGUCCCCGUGUACGUCGCCGAGACGGUCGAGCGUCGCAUCCGAGGCAACCUCGUCUCUCUGUACCAGUUCAACAUUGCCCUCGGCGAGGUCCUCGGGUAUGCCGUCGCGGCCAUGUUCCUCAAGGUGCCUGGCAACUGGCGAUACAUCCUCGGGUCUUCGCUUGUCUUUUCCACCAUUAUGUUUUUCGGCAUGCUCUUCUUGCCUGAGAGUCCUCGCUACCUCAUGCACAAGGGCAAGACGCUCGACGCGUUCAAGGUGUGGAAGCGCAUCCGCGGCGUUGAGUCGUCCGAGUCCCGCGAGGAGUUCUUCGUCAUGGCGGCUGCCGUGCGUGAGGAGGACACCGAGGUCCAUGAGGGUGCCAAGAACAAGCGCUACCCCUGGAUGGACUUUUUCACUGUUCCCCGCGCCCGUCGCGCCCUGGUCUACGCCAACAUCAUGAUCCUCCUCGGCCAGCUCACGGGUGUCAACGCAAUCAUGUACUACAUGUCUGUGCUCAUGCACGAGAUCGGCUUCGACGCCGAAAAGGCAAACUACAUGUCUCUUGUCGGCGGCGGGUCCCUCCUCAUCGGCACCAUUCCCGCCAUCUUCCUCAUGGAAACGUGCGGCCGCCGCUUCUGGGCCAUCAUGAUGUUGCCGGGUUUCUUCAUUGGCUUGGUGCUCAUUGGUGUCAGCUACCAGAUCGAUCUUGCAACGCACACCAUGGCUGUUGAGGGUCUCUAUCUUACUGGACUCAUCAUUUACAUGGGCUUUUUUGGCUCCUAUGCCUGUCUGACAUGGGUCAUCCCAGCAGAAGUCUACCCGACGUACCUGCGCAGCUACGGCAUGACCACGUCCGACGCACUGCUGUUCCUCGCCUCAUUCAUCGUCACCUACAACUUCACGGCCAUGCAGGACGCCAUGACCAAGACGGGCCUGGCACUGGGCUUCUACGGCGGCAUCGCCGUCAUCGGCGAGGUAUACCAGAUCUUCUUCAUGCCCGAGACCAAGGACAAGACGCUCGAGGAGAUUGACGAGGUGUUUUCGCGGCCAACCAUGGACAUUGUGCGCGAGAACUGGGCGGGCGUCAAGGAGAACAUGUCCAACAUUGCGAGCGGCCGGUUCCAGAAGGUGUUUGCCGACCAGACGAGGAGGAGGCCGAGCUUCCACAGCACGGUGCAGGAGAAGGAGGUUUAG